AUUUUCCCUCCAUUUAAAACAAAACAAAAAAACACACCCUACAACCAAGGUCCGGAGAAUGGGGAAUCAAGCAGGGGCUGGAGUGCUAGUACAGCGGGUAGGGCUCUUGCCUUGCAUGCAGCCAACUCAGGUUCGAUCCUCGGCAUCCCAUAUGGUUCCCUGAGCACCACUAGGAGUAAUUCCUGAGUGCUCAGCCUAGAGUAACCCCUGACCAUCCCUGGGUGUGGCCACCAAAAAAAAAAAAAGAAAAAAAAAGCUGCACCAGGGAGGCGUGGUCUAGAGGGGGCGGGGUCAGGUAGGCCUCGCCCCGUCCUGCACCAGGAAGCUCUGGGGGGAGAGGACGAGAGGAGGCAGGUGAGGUCAGCGCAGACCGUCUGGCGUGGGGAAACUAAGGCUGCAUGUGACCUGGGAAGGCAUCCCGUGGAGGAAGGCACGCAGGGCUCCGGGAGGGAAGGGAUGACAGAAGUGGGAUGGGAAACCAGGUGGGGCGGAGGGCUUGGGGAGGCCAGGAGGGAUCCCGGCGCAUGCGCGGGCGGGGGCGGGGCGCGGCGCGGCGCAUGCGUGGUGGCGAGCUGUUCGGGCUUGGGGGGCUCGAGGGGGGUUUCCCGACGCACGUGGGCAAAGGGUAAAGGUAGCUCCCGGACCCGCAGGGUCUGGGCACGAGGACAGGACUGGGGAAAAAAGGUCCGGCUGUUCCUGGCCACGGAGGGUUAACGCCCUUCCUGUCCCCGGGCUCUGCACCCCCCACCCCUCCCCAGGAUGGUGGGGCUUUCGCUGAAGCUUCAAGACCUGAUCGAAGAGAUUCGCGGGGCCAAGACCCAGGCCCAGGAACGGGAGGUGAUCCAGAAGGAGUGCGCCCACAUCCGGGCCUCCUUCCGUGAUGGGGACCCUCUGCACAGGCACCGCCAGCUGGCCAAACUGCUCUACGUCCACAUGCUGGGCUACCCUGCCCACUUUGGACAGUGACCUGAGCCAGGGGGUGCCUGCCGUCCAGGGCCUGGCCCUGUGCACCCUGAGCACCAUGGGCUCUGCUGAGAUGUGCCGGGACCUGGCCGGCGAGGUGGAGAAACUGCUCCAGCUGCCCAGUCCCUAUGUGCGCAAGAAGGCCAUCCUGACAGCGGUACACAUGAUCCGGAAGGUGCCCGAUCUCUCCACCAUCUUCCUCCCCCCCUGUGCCAAACUGCUUCACGAGCGCCACCACGGCAUCCUACUGGGCACCGUCACGCUGAUCACCGAGCUCUGUGAGCGAAGCCCGGCGGCCCUCAAGCACUUCCGGAAGGUGGUGCCCCACCUGGUGCAGAUCCUCCGGACUCUGAGCACGACGGGCUUCUCGUCGGAGCACAGCAUAGCGGGAGUCAGCGACCCUUUCCUGCAGGUCCAGAUCCUGCGUCUGCUUCGGAUUCUGGGCCGGAACCAUGAGGAGAGCAGUGAGGCCAUGAAUGACCUCCUGGCCCAGGUGGCCACCAACACCGACACCAGCCGGAACGCGGGCAAUGCCGUCCUGUUUGAGACGGUGCUGACCAUCAUGGACAUCCACUCUGCAGCCGGCCUGAGGGUUCUAGCUGUCAACAUUCUCGGCCGCUUCCUGCUCAACAAUGACAAGAACAUUAGGUACGUGGCGCUGACAUCCCUGCUCCGGCUGGUGCAGACCGACCACAGCGCCGUGCAGCGGCACCGGCCCACAGUGGUCGAGUGUCUGAGGGAACCGGACGCCUCCCUCGGCCGGCGGGCCCUGGAGCUGAGCCUGGCUCUGGUGAACAGCUCCAACGUGCGGGCCAUGACGCAGGAGCUGCAGCACUUCCUCGAGACCUGCCCCCCGGAGCUGCGGGCCGACUGCGCCUCGGGCAUCCUGCUGGCGGCCGAGAGGUUUGCCCCGACAAAGCGGUGGCACAUAGACACCAUCCUGCGUGUGCUGACCACGGCUGGCGCCUAUGUCCGGGACGAUGCCGUGGCCAACCUGACCCAGCUGAUUGGGGGCGCCCAGGAGCUACAUGCCUACUCAGUUCGUCGCCUCUACAGUGCUCUGGCUGAGGACAUCUCCCAACAGCCGCUGGUGCAGGUGGCAGCCUGGUGCAUUGGCGAGUACGGAGACCUCCUGCUGGCCGGGAGCUGCGAGGAGACCGAGCCCCUUCAGGUGAGACCACCACGGGGGAGAGGGCAUGCUGUGGCGGGGGGGAACAGGCUGGCCCCCCGGCUCCGACCUGUGCCCACCCUGCAGGUGGAGGAGGAGGAGGUGCUGUCGCUGCUAGAGAGGGUGCUGCAGUCCCACCUGUCCCUGCCGGCCACCCGUGGGUACGCCCUCACCGCCCUCAUGAAGCUCAGCACCCGCUUCAGCGGGGACAUCAACCGCAUCCGCCAGGUGGUGUCCAUCUAUGGGAGCUGCCUGGACGUGGAGCUGCAGCAGCGGGCCGUGGAGUAUAACGCGCUCUUCCGGAAGUACGACCACAUGAGGGCUGCCAUCCUGGAGAAGAUGCCACUUGUGGAGCGAGGUGGCCCCCAAGCUGAUGAGGAAGACAGGGAGGGCCAGAAGGAAGAGGCCCAGGCUGCAGACGCUGCCCCUCCCCCUGCUGAGCCCCCGGUGAGGAGACGGGGGACAAGGGAGGUGCCCAGCAUGAGGCACACGGGUCAGGUUCUGUUCCCCAGGCCUGACUCUCUGCCCUGUCGCCAGGCCUCGAAUCUCUUGGAUCUCUUAGAUCUCCUGGAUGGUCCUCCUGGGGAGGGCCCCCCGCCACCCCCGCUGGCCCCCUCCUCAGAGGGCACCCUGAUUCACCUCCUGGACCUCCCCUGCGUGCCUCCAUCCCCGCCUCCCAUCCCGGAUCUCAGAGCCUUUGAACGUGACGGGCUGCGGCUGGACCUCUCUUUCCUGCGCCCCCCGGAGACCCCUGCUCUGCUCUUGAUCACCGUCACGGCUACCAACACCUCGGAGGGUGACGUCACCCACUUCAUCUGCCAGGCCGCCGUGCCCAAGGUUUGUAGAAGACCAGUGCUCAGAGAGGUGUUCUGGGCCCUAUAUGGGGGGCGGGUAAGGGUGCGAGGGGCCGGUCUCGCCCUGCCCAACCGGACUCCUGUGUCAGAGCUUCCAGCUGCAGCUGCAGGCCCCCAGUGGGGACACCGUCCCAGCUCAGGGUGGCCCUCCUGUAACCCAGCUCCUCAGAAUCCUCAACCCCGACAAGGCCCCCCUGCGGCUCAAGCUGCGCCUCACCUACGACCACCUGGGCCAGUCUGUGCAGGAGAUCUUCGAGGUGAACAACCUGCCCCUGGCAACCUGGCAGUAACUCAGGCGCCUGUUCCGAGGGAGUCCAGCAGGGGGCGCCUGGGUCCUGCGCUUGCCUCUGCAGGCGCUGCGGGGCCUUCCCCCUACCGCCCCCCAAUUGAUAACACCCAAUAAAGCCUGAUGGGGGAGCCGUAUAGGGGUACUCUGGAGGGAGAAGUCGUCUGUGAGUAACAUCCAGGGAAGAGCCUCUUAGACACACGCGUGUUCCUCCGAGCCUUAGGAACGGGACGGCCCGACCCACUCUGGGUGAGAUCCGGCCCCUCGGGUUUCUAGGCCCCUAACAGGGAUCCCCCAGCCUCCGCCCCAGCCCGCUGCUAUUCCCUGCAUCCCAAGGUAGGGAAAUCCCCGCUGCCUCCCCUCCUCUCUAACUCAGCUGUAAGGCGGUUUAGGAGCCGCUGGCAGAAUCAAUGGCAUCGACCAAGGGAGGGGGGUGGCAAGGGAUUUUCCUGUGCUUAACUACUGAUCACGGCUAAGUGGAAAUCCUAUAAACACGAGCGGAAAUCAAUGGAGGCUGCUUAGCGGCCAGGGGAGAGGGGCGGCCCACAGAUUGCAUCUGACGGAUGGGGGAAGAGGAGGCAGCCAGGGCGAGGGCUCCAGGAAAGAGAGGCGAGGCUGAGGGCCCCCGGCCGGAGCGCCAGGAGUCUGGGCUGGGGAAGCCCGGCAGGAGGCAGGCUGAGCCGGGGCGACCCAGAAGUCUCUUUGCUGGUGGGAAGCAACACCCCAGCCUCAGCCCGCUGACCAG